CAGCUCGAAUGGUCAUCGAGUGGCGAACCGGUUCUUAGACUUCCCGCGGCACUAGGUGUUCCACAGUGGCUCAAGGCUGAUGUCAAACACCUAGAGGAAUACCGACAGAAUACCGGCCCUGGACGGCGGGACGUGAACUUUGAAUACGUCGAGUACAUGGAGACAGUCGUGAUCAAUGAGGAAUGGAGACAGGAAGUUCCCAGACCCAGUUCACCCUCUGCCUUGCAAAGAGCGUGUUUCGAUGUCUUGUCUAUUGUUAUGCAAGCUCUUCCGGAGCGGUAUAUUGAAAUAGCCUGGGAAGAAACCGAAUCUCAGUUCUGGGAGCUCAUCGAGUCAGCGUGUGUCCCCUUGCUGAGCGUUGUGACCGUCAAUGAUAUCAUUGGGCAUAUCUAUGGGUUUCCUGAACUCUCCAAGGGCCAGUACCUGUCCUGCAUGCUUCAGCUCAUCCUACGCAUUAGACGGCAUCUGGGUAACUCUGCUCCAGAAAACCUCGAGAAGCUCACAAAUGAUGUCCUGGUAGCCAUACGUGGAGCAGUGGAACAUAGAGAAUUCAAAUGUUUAAUGGUUUUGGUGGACCUGCACAAAAUUCUCGACAGAGGGGGUCAGUCCAGUGAGAUUGAAAGUCUGGCGAAGAGCUACCAGGACAUUCUGGAUCCCAGAACGAAUGGUUAUAUUGGAAUUGCCCUGCAGUUCAACUGUAGAGCAAUGCCCGCAUCUCAGCACUGUACCUGGUGGUCUCCAUUAACACCGCAUUCCCCAUCCUCAAUUGAGAUCAUCACUCUUGCCACUAUCAUGCCCAUACAGCCUCCUAUAGCUCAAGGUGAGAGGGAUUGGGAUAAAGUCAGUGGGCAGAUAAAGGCUGUUUUGGGAUUUGAAUUUUCCCGCAGGAAAGCCUUCAUGGAGGCUUUGAAAUUGCUGAAUUCGGCUGCGACAGAUCUUCAGGCAUCUCUAGAGAUCAACUCGACGGAACUCAUUCUUACAAUAACGGAACUUGUGAACUGCUGCAACAUUCUAUGGGACUACGAAUUAGCCAACAAAUGGGUUCGAUGGAUACUUCAACUUGAAUCAGACUUACAUGAUACAAGUCUGGAGGUCAAAAAGACGAUCGAAAUGUCAAAUUCACCCAGUAGGUAUAUUCAUCUGUUGCUCGGAUGGGUAGACCUGCUGGUCGGAACCGGAAGUUAUGACGUCGCUGAAAUGCUGCUCGAAGCAUUAAUAUCCAAACGAAUGAAGACCAGUGCUGCGACACAGAUGAUUCUACAUCUUAGGCUGCUAAAAGUCUAUCGACAGCGAGAAAAGGACCACAGACAUUAUCCAGCCAUGGUACUCUUAAAAAGAAUGGCUCAGAUCCUUCCCAAAGUAUCGAAUCCUCUCAUAGAAGAGUGUCUGGAGGAGGUACUAUGUUGGUUGCUCACCCUUACACAAGAAGAUCGGGCGGCGGCACUUAACUUCGGAAAGGUGCUGGGUAUCCUACUGAAUACUCCAAAAAUCAAAUCAUUGGUUGGAGUGAGGGAAGAUAGUUCACGGGUUGUCUUCAAUCUCAAAGAGAUGGAAAGGCUUUCCAAGAAGUUAGAUAUAAUUGCUUUGGUUGGUCCUGCGUCCCACCUGGGAAAGAGGAUCUUGGAGGAGUUUCGUCAGGCAGACGUCCGCCUUGUCGAAAGGCUCGCAACAGCGAACUGGCAAAGAUAUCUCAGGAUCCAAACCCUUCAGGAUUCCGACCUUGAUACACAUCCAGCACCCGUCAGACUGCCUUCUUCUCCACGCAUCAACUCAUUGAAAAAUCCCUGGCUAAAUCCCUGUGCUUGGUCUGCGGAAAAGGUUUCGCUGGGAGUCUGACUGUGAAUCAACAAAGUCUCAGAAAUCAUAUACUUCAGGAUCUGCAACCAUACAUUUGUCUCUUCCCUAACUGCUGGACUCAAGGCACGACCUUUUCGUUUCGAGCCGAGUACGAAAGCCAUU